CCUCCCCUACGCCGUCUGCGUCGCCAACAACCACGCCUUCGAUGACAGCCACAAGCUCCACCUCACCAACACCGAGCCGAACGAGCUCGCCUUCACCCACCAGGUCAUCCAGCCCGAGUGUCACCCCUUCGCUUCCUGGCCCAGAAAUGGGUGAAAAUGUGUCGAUAGGCAAGAAUGUGAAGUUUGGCGACGGAGUUCUUCUAGGGAACAACGUGGCCAUAGGCGACGAUUGUGUAAUAGGCAACUACGUCAGCAUAGCUAUGGAGUACAUCGACCCAGGGGAUAACAUCAUAUUUGGCAGUCAAAAUAGGUAUAACCGCAGACGCGCUGCAGGCGACGGGCGCCGAAAAACAGAAACCGUAAUCGCCAGGGACACGCAUAUCGAUGCAUCAGCAAUCAUUGCCAUAGGCGUUACUUUGGGUGAGGAUAUCAAAAUCGGCGCUGAAACCAUCCUUGCGUCUGACGUGUAUCUGCAUGAUCGCGUUAACGUGGGCAAGAGUAGUAUCAUCGGCCACAACUGCACCCUGCGACCGGAUGUUCAGCUCGAGUAUAAGGUCACUCUGGGCUCGCGGGCGUAUAUCGACCAGCACACCAUCAUCGGCGCGAGAGUGAAUGUGGAGGAAGACUUCAUGUUGGGGAAGAACUCGAUCGUCAUGCCUGAUGCCUUCAUUGGUGCGAACAAUACGUUUGGCGAAAACGUCUUCAUUGGGAAGGGGUCCAAAUUUGGCCGAAACAACACCAUUCUGGACAGGGCCAAAACGGAACCGUUUGUGGUGAUUGGUACGGAGUCGCGUAUCGAGGAAGACGUGGUUGUUCCUCGAGAAGCCACCACCGCUAUAGGAGUCGUCUACUCUCUGGAAGCGCCGCUUGGACGGGAUCUGUCCGAUGCCGAUUCGGAGGGGUCCGUACCUACCCUGUUGAUUGUCUCUUUGGCCUUGGCCUUCCUCGGCCUGCUGCUGUGCUGCUGCUGUGUAGUCGGCGCUGUGUGGUACUACAAGAAACGCGUUACACGCAAAGCGUAUCGACGGUGGCUGGGUGACACUUCACCCCCGCCAGUGGCCCAGGAUUCGUUCGACAAAUACGUGGUCAAGAGCAACAUUCUGCGGCAGAUCCGCGCUAAGAGGAAUGGCUUUGUGUCGGACUGUUUCAGGAAUGGCUUUGUGUCGGCCUGUUUCAGGAAUGGCUUUGUGUCGGCCUGUUUCAGGAAUGACUUUGUGUUGGCUUGUUUCAGGAAUGGCAUUGUGUCGGCCUGUUUCCGGCAUGGCUUUGUGUCAGACUGUUUCAGGAAUGGCUUUGUGUCGGCCUGUUUCAGGAAUGGCUUUGUGUCGGCCUGUUUCAAGAAUGGCUUUGUGUUGGCCUGUUUCAGGAAUGGCAUUGUGUCGGCCUGUUUCCGGCAUGGCUUUGUGUCAGACUGUUUCAGGAAUGGCUUUGUGUCGGCCUGUUUCAGGAAUGGCUUUGUGUCGGCCUGUUUCAAGAAUGGCUUUGUGUUGGCCUGUUUCAGGAAUGGCAUUGUGUCGGCCUGUUUCAGGAAUGGCUUUGAGUCGGCCUGUUUCAGGAAUGGUUUUGUGUUGUUGUGUUGA